GCAAAAACCAUCCAAAUGAAAGAAAGCUGAGCUCACUUCACUCCACAACUUUGUUUUUCUUUAUUUAUUCUAUUCUUUUCGCGAAGCCUUUGCUUACUACCAAUUGCAAGUUUGCAACUCAUUGCUAUUUGAUGAGCAUGAAAACCUCUUCAUCAUUGAUUCUUUUCUAGAUUUCUUCCCUCAGAUAUUUGCGCCUCACCCACCGAAUUUCACCCUCAGAAACACAUUCAAUAACAAUCAAGAGAAAAAAAAAAAAAAAAAGGGAUUAUUUUCCUUUUAAUUUUCUGGGUCUUUUGUUAAAUUUAAUAUAAUUUCUGCAAGAUUUGAGGAAAAUGGUAAGAACUUUACCAAUGGCGUCCACUUUGAGGCCAUCUCUUAGCUGCUUCAGAUUUUCUUCAAAUACCCGUUUUGGGGUUUCUCUCUCCUCCCAAAGACCGCUUUCGUCUCUUCAUCUGGGCAGUGCUGUUCCGCACUUGCAUUCUUUCGGAUUAAAAGCUUCAAGAUUGUUGAGAGAAGGCAAUGGCUUGUCUAUCAAUGCAGCUGGAAAUGCUGCACAAGCCAGCACCAGUGCUGUUGAAGAAAAUGUCCUGGAUUGGGUCAAGAAGGACAGUCGAAGAAUGCUCCAUGUUGUUUACCGCGUUGGAGAUCUUGACCGGACAAUAAAAUUCUACACUGAGUGCCUCGGAAUGAAAUUGUUAAGGAAACGUGACAUACCAGAGGAGAAAUACACUAAUGCCUUUCUUGGUUAUGGGCCAGAGGAUUCACAUUUUGUCAUAGAAUUAACUUACAAUUAUGGAGUUGACAAAUAUGAUAUUGGAACUGGUUUCGGCCACUUCGGCAUUGCAGUGGAGGAUGUGGCCAAGACUGUGGAACUUGUAAAGGCUAAAGGCGGAACAGUAUCGCGGGAAGCUGGACCGGUUAAGGGUGGCAAAACUGUCAUCGCAUUUGUCGAAGAUCCCGAUGGUUACAAGUUUGAACUUAUCGAAAGGGGUCCUACACCUGAGCCUUUGUGCCAAGUAAUGCUGCGAGUUGGUGAUCUUGAUCGAUCUAUUGAGUUUUACAAGAAUGCUUAUGGCAUGGAGCUUUUGCGAACUCGGGAUAAUCCACAAUACAAGUAUACAGUAGCAAUGUUGGGCUAUGGUCCUGAAGACAAAAAUGCUGUUAUGGAGUUGACCUACAACUACGGGGUAACUGAAUAUGACAAAGGAAAUGCUUAUGGUCAGAUGGCAAUUGGCACAGAUGAUGUCUAUAAAACCGCAGAAGCAGUUAAACUAUGUGGAGGAAAGAUCACACGGGCGCCUGGACCAUUGCCUGGUAUCAAUACCAAGAUAACAGCAUGCCUUGAUCUUGAUGGUUGGAAAACGGUGUUCGUUGAUAAUAUUGAUUUCCUGAAGGAGCUGGAAUGAUGCUCAAUGGUUCCCAGAUUUCCAACCUUAUGUUUACAUCGAUCAGUGUAGAUUAUUUCUGUAGCAUUUCCUUUUUAGUUAAAAAAAAUCCAUAGCUCUUCCACCAAAAACUAUUCGUUCGUGGAGUCAUAUUGCACAGAAGAAUACGAGUUCUGUCAAAAGCUCUUUUGUUUCUUCAUUUUGGGUUGUAGAUAAAAUUGUAAUGACCAUAAUCCUUGCUCAUUAGUCCUGUAAAUGACCCUUAAUUGGUUGUUUCCUCGAUGUUUUGUCAAUAAGAACUUGCAAGUCGCAACACGCUGAAGAA